AUGGAGAAUCGUUCAGUACCUGGUCACCCUAGUAAGGGAAAUCGGGAUAAGGUAGAUGGUGGCAAUAUUCAGCAUGAGGGUUUUCAAAACCCUAAUCUGUCUUUUAAGAGUUUUGCAAACAGAUUGGGUGCUUCUGAUGUGAUAUCGUUUGCUCCACGAAGAGGAUCAGUUGUCAAUGAGAAACCUGAGGGAACUUACAUUAACGUGAUUGAUGAGUUGCUGAAAGUUACGGUUCCAGUUAAUCCUGGGGAUAAGUCAUCGUCAAAUAGUGGUGAGGAGAAUGUGAUCGGUGGAAGUCAAGCUGGUAUGGGUGACCCGAAACCUCUAUCAUAUGCUGAGUCAGUAUUGAAUAACAACUCUAAGAAGGUAAACUUUCGGAACCUUGCUAGCGUUGAGAAACAAGACGGUUGUGAUGUUGUUCUACCACGGGAUUCGGUUAGGGCUGUUCAGGAAAAGCUGGCCAAUACUUUGUAUGGUUACUUUUUGGGUGACCGAGUGGCGUACCCGGUUGUUGAGUAUUACGUUCGGAACAAUUGGAAAAGAUUUGGAUUGCAGAAAACGAUGAUGAACGCUAAUGGUUUUUUCUUUUUCAAGUUUGCGGACCAAGCUGGUAUGAUGAGCGCUUUAAAAGCGGGGCCGUGGAUUAUUCGAUCACAACCUUUAUUUUUAAAUAUAUGGUCAGCCUCUACUAAGCUCGAGAAGAAGGAAGUGAAAACGUUACAGCUAUGGGUUAAGAUUCAUGAUGUCCCAAUUGCUGCUUACACGGAAGAUGGGUUAAGUCUUAUUGCUACGGCCAUUGGUGAACCGAAAAUGCUAGAUUCGUAUACGACUAACAUGUGUAUGGAUGCUUGGGGUAGGAGUAGCUAUGCUCGGGCUCUAAUUGAGAUUUCUGCUGAAAAUGACUUUAAAGAGGAGUUAGUUAUCGCUGUUCCUGAUCUUGAUGGAGAUGGUUUCGUCAAAGAAAAGAUGUACGUUGAAUAUGAGUGGAGUCCGCAUAGAUGUGAUCAUUGCCGAGUGUUUGGCCAUUCCGAUGAGGCUUGCCCGAAACAAACUAGAACCAAUACGAAACAUGGAAACAUGGGGAGUAAUGGGAAUAAAAAUCAAGAGGUAGCCAAAAAUCGGGGUAAGGGGAAGAAUGUGGUUGAUGAUGAUGGUUUUACAACAGUGGAGGAGAAAAAGGCGGCGAAGAGGUCAGGCUUUCCAGUCAACAAGCAGAAACCAAAGUUCGAAUAUAGACCCAUUGGUAAGAAAACGGAUGGUGGUAUCAACAAGGCCGAGAGACCGGUUUCUCUUCAUUCUAGUAAUCCUUUUGAUGUUUUAAGAGAUGAUAUCGGGGAAUCUAGCAACUCAGGCCGAGAUAGGGAAGAGGGGGAUGUCAAGUCUGAUGAUGAAGAGGUUGUGGAAGUUUUUAAUGAAACGAAUGAGUUUCUUAAAGUCGACUCCGAAGUUAUUAAAAAAGGGGCAAGCACUCCUUCUUCCAAGGUGAUUAAAUGA